CCAAAUCUGUCUGGCUUGACCUUUUUCUCGCAAUCUCCCCUCUGUCAUUUUCUUCUUUUCUUUUCCUCGUUUGGUUCCUCUCAGUAGGAUACACAGAUUGCAGGUUCAUCACUACUUCCGUCGUGAAGUUGCUAUUCUGCCUGGUUCGUGUUGGGACUCUCCUCUCCAAGAGACCAACGCCGACAUCUACAGUCGACCUCUUCGGUGCUACAAUAGAGCAGAACUGAUCUUCGACCCUCCAUCGAAGUUCUCUUCCGCGGGCUCCGGUGACGACUAUCUUUUUCUUGAUACCCACGAUAGACGAUUGGACGGUUUAUUGAUAGACCUCCCAAUAACACGACAAACCCCCACCAUCACCUCCGACUCCUUAUCAUAAUACCUACAAAAUGUCUUCCAAGGAAAACGCCCAGUCCCUCAAGGUUUUGGACGAGCUCAUGCAGAAGCUCACCAUCUCCAAGGAGGCUGACGCUAUCAAGGAGUCUUCCAAUGCUCUCGCCACUUUCCUGAACGGUCGCAUUGAGGACUGCGACACUCCCACCAAGACCAUCGAGAACCUCAAGAAGCAGCUCGGCAACAAGAAGGAUGCCGCGGUUCGCGAGAAGGCUCUUUGCGCCAUCCAGGCCAUCGCCCAACACUCCAAUGUCUCGCCUCACGUCGAGCCAUUCUUGGUUGUCCUUCUGCCCAGCGUGUUCGCCGCUGCCGGCGACAAGAUCACCUCUGUCAAGAACGCAGCACUUGCUGCCGCUUCUGCCAUUGCUGAGGCAAUCAACCCCAACGCCGUCAAGGCCACCCUUCCUCACCUGAUUGAGUCCCUCCAGAACGCCCAGAAGUGGCCCGAAAAGAUUGCUGUUCUCGACUUCAUCGAGACUCUUGUCAGGACCGCCCCCGCCCAGACUGCCCUUCGUGUCCCCGACCUCAUCCCCGUCGUUGGCGAUGCUAUGUGGGACACCAAGAAGGAGGUCAAGGAGCAUGCCUACAAGAUCAUGGAGAAGAUUUGCAGCUUGAUUGUCAACAGGGAUAUCGAGCGCUUCAUUCCUGAGCUCAUCAAGUGUAUCGCCAAGCCCGAGAACGUCCCCGAGACCGUCCACCUGUUGGGUGCCACCACUUUCGUCACGGAGGUCACUGAGCCCACCCUGGCCCUGAUGGUUCCUCUUCUGGAGCGUGGUCUUCAGGAGCGUGAAACUGCCAUCAAGCGUAAGGCAGCUGUCAUCGUCGACAACAUGUGCAAGCUUGUCGACGACCCCAACAUCGUCGCUGCCUUCCUUCCCCGCCUCAUGCCCAACCUGCAGAAGAACUUCGAGAACAUGGCCGACCCCGAGGCUCGUGAGAAGACCAAGCAGGGUCUUGACACUCUUACCCGCGUCGGUAACGUUGUUGACGGCAAGAUCCCCGAGCGCCGCAACGACGGUGACGUUGCUACCGUUGCCGCCCACGUCCGUGACGCUCUUUCCAGCGAGAAGGACGCUAAGGCUGAGAAGUUCGCUCCCGUCAUUGAGUACAUUGCCGCUGUUGGUGGUCAGCUCGUCGACGAGAAGGAGGUUGAUGCCCCUGCCUGGGCUACUGCCCUCAAGCCUUACGUCAGCGUCAUUGUUGGCGAUGCCAAGGCCGACAGCGUUGUCGAGACUCUCCGCAAGAAGGCUUCCCCCGGCCUUGCUGAUGCCGAGGAGGAGGAGGCUGACGACGAGGAGGGUGAGGACCUGUGCAACUGCACGUUCUCGCUCGCCUACGGUGCCAAGAUUCUUCUCAACCAGACCCAUCUCCGUCUCAAGCGUGGCCAGCGUUACGGUCUUUGCGGCCCCAACGGUUCCGGAAAGUCCACCCUCAUGCGCGCCAUCAACAACGAGCAGGUCGAGGGUUUCCCCAAGCAGAGCGAGGUCAAGACCGUCUUCGUCGAGCACGACCUUGACUCUGCUGACACUGAGAUGACCACCAUCGACUGGACCAUGAAGAAGCUGGAGGAGGCCAAGGUCUCGGUUACCCGCGAGGACGUCGUCAAGCGCCUCAACGAGUUCGGUUUCACCGACUCCAUGGUUUCUGGUGAGAUCACCGCUCUUUCCGGUGGUUGGAAGAUGAAGCUGGCUCUGUGCCGUGCCGUCUUCGAGGCUCCUGAUAUUCUGUUGCUCGACGAGCCCACCAACCACUUGGACGUGAAGAACGUCAAGUGGCUUGAGGAGUACCUCCAGAACUCCCCUUGCACCUCCAUCAUCGUGUCGCACGACUCCAGCUUCCUCGACAACGUCUGCCAGCACAUCGUUCACUACGAGCGUUUCAAGCUCAAGCGUUACCGUGGUAACCUGAAGGAGUUCGUCAAGAAGUGCCCCUCGGCCAAGUCUUACUACGAGCUCGGUGCCUCUGAGAUGGAGUUCACCUUCCCCGAGCCCGGUUUCCUCGAGGGUGUCAAGACCAAGGCCAAGGCCAUUCUCCGUGCCACCAAGAUGGACUUCCAGUACCCUGGUACCUCCAAGCCCCAGAUCAGCGACAUCACCUUCCAGUGCUCUCUUGGUUCCCGUAUUGCCGUCAUUGGUCCCAACGGUGCCGGAAAGUCUACUCUCAUCAACGUCCUGACUGGUGAGCUUAUCCCCACUGCUGGUGAGAUCUACCAGCACGAGAACAUCCGUAUCGCCUACAUCAAGCAGCACGCUUUCGCCCACAUCGACAACCACUUGGACAGCACUCCUUCCGAGUACAUCCAGUGGCGUUUCCAGACUGGUGAGGACCGUGAGACCAUGGACCGUGCCAACAAGAUCAUCACCGAGGAGGACGAGAAGGCCAUGGACAAGGUCUUCAAGGUCGACGGUACCCAACGCCGCGUCAUCGGCAUCAACGCCCGUAGAAAGUUCAAGAACUCGUACGAGUACGAGUGCACGUUCGCUCUGGGUGAGAACAUUGGCAUGAAGAACGAGCGCUGGGUCCCCAUGAUGUCGGCAGACAACGCCUGGCUCCCUCGUUCGGAGCUGCUCGCUUCCCACCAGAAGAUGGUUGCCGAGGUCGACAUGAAGGAGGCUCUUGCCUCUGGUCAGUUCCGUCCUCUGGUCCGUAAGGAGAUUGAGAGCCACUGCGCCAACUUUGGUCUCGACGCCGAGCUGGUUUCUCACUCGCGCAUGCGUGGUCUGUCUGGUGGACAGCGUGUCAAGGUCGUCCUUGCCGCCUGCUCGUGGCAGCGUCCUCACUUGAUCGUUCUUGAUGAGCCUACCAACUACUUGGACCGUGACUCUCUCGGUGCCCUGUCCAAGGCGCUCAAGAAGUUCGAGGGUGGUGUCAUCAUCAUUACUCACUCGUCUGAGUUCACCAAGGACCUGACUGAGGAGGUCUGGGCUGUCGUUGACGGCAAGAUGACGCCUUCCGGCCACAACUGGGUGCAGGGCCAGGGCUCUGGUCCCCGCCUCAAGGCCGACGACGGCGAGGAGGAGGAGAAGUUCGAUGCCAUGGGCAACAAGAUUGUCAGCACCAAGAAGGCCAAGAAGCUUACCAGCGCCGAGGCCCGUAAGAAGAAGAAGGAGCGUAUGGCCAGGAGGAAGCGUGGUGAGGAGGUUUUCAGCGACGAGGACGAGUAAACUUGUCAAGUUCAUAACCUUUUUCACGGGCCAUUGGCUUUGAUCUUUUUCACGAUGUUACUGCUUCAUGUUACGACUUUGCGGGCUGCAUAAAAUCAUUCGGGUUUCCUUUGUCGGUGUCUUUUUCUGCAGGGCCAAACUAAUACCCCCUGCUUCUCCUUUUUUUUUCUAUGUCGCUGUCGACAGACAGACACCGCGGACCAUUAAUUCGAUCUCCCCUGGCCUGCCUUUUGGUGGAUUUUGUUGAAUUGACGAGGGUAUGGGAACGAGUGGACAGCGCCUGUUUGCUCUACGGGGACUGGAGACCCCCAUGGAGAUGUACAAAUGGGCGAGGGUCAUUGUUUCUAUGGAUUUGGAAUUCAGCAAGCGGUCUACUUCCGGGAAGGACUGGAGAUGCCACAUAUAAAGGCUUUUGUCUGGGAGAUGUUCAGAUAGAUAGAUACGAACCUGGCAGAUCAAAAAUGGGAUAGAAAUCUUUGUUCA